AUGGCGACCUCUGAAGCGAAAUAUCCUGUAUCCAAAGACUUUAUGAAGAAACGCUUCGAGGAAGAUCGCAAGUUUGCCUUCGAGAAUUACGUCUCCCUCUAUCACGUCUGCUUCAAGCCGGCUACAGCUCCAGGUCCCUAUGGAAGGAAAUCGUCGUCAUUUUUCCACAAGCAAGGCGUCAACGAAUGUAAAGAGCGUUUGGAGCGGUGGACUACUGAGACUGUGCGUGCUGGGGCGGAAAAGGAACUCCCAGAUGAUAUGCUGGAGUACGGACUGCGGUUAGCCUCGGGUACACCCGCUACGUGCGACGCUGAAGCCGCGUAUGACAUCUUCACCAAGAUCAUCGGCGACGCUGCCCAGCCCGCCUCUGCACGCGCCAUCGCUGCCAAUCUUACAUUUAUGCUCAUUAGACGCAAGAUCUGUGCGUUGGAGGAGCAGGGAAGCACAGAGGCAGAGGCAGCAGAUAGGGUCGACAACUAUGGCAAAGCCUUUGCGCUCAUUGAGAUCAGCGCUAUGUUCGGGCUCUUCGCAUGGUGUGGCCUGUAUCUCGUCCAGGUGCAAGAGCGACGAGUUGAAGGAUGUGCACCCAAAAACUGGUUGGAGGGCACCGCUAACCUCCGAAAGGCAUACGAUGCCUUCCGCGAAGAGACUGGCACGCAGCGUAUGAUAUCUACCAUGUGUUCAGUGUGCGAUAAAACUGUCAAGCUAAAGAGGUGCGGUGGACACUGUCCGCAGGAGAAGAAACCGCGCUAUUGUGGACACGCAUGUCAGAAGGCGGAUUGGCCAAAGCAUCGCAGGUGGUGUAAACCAGAAAAAGGCAGCGUGGACAGUGACGAGGAGUGGACAACGGACUCGGAGCGUGAGGAUUGGGAGUAUAGUUCUGGAGAUGAGCUUUAA